GACUUCUGUGAGCACUGCUCAGAUCUCCGUCCACAAAUGCUACUGAUGUGCAGAGAAAGAGGACAGGAACACACACAGUUUAGAUGUGAGAGGAACCUCACAGGGUCACUGAUUCACACAUGGCUGGAACAUCUUACGCGUGUCUGUUGUAUGAAGAUUGACUUUAUUUGAAAGGAUUCAACCUCACAGUGGAUGGAGAAGGUUUAAUCUGUUUUAGUGCAGCCGGGAACAUCACUCCAUCAUGGAUCCACUCGACAACCUGAACACAGAGAAGUUGAUCUUUUAUUUGACAGUGCCGCUGUCUACAAUCAUCAUCUUCUCCAACCUCUUCAUCAUAAUAGGCAUCGCCUGCAACCGGCAGCUCCACAACACUCCCAACUACUUCUUCUUGAGCCUGCUAGUGGCCGACUUGUGCACCGGCAUCACCCUGCAAUUCAUCCCCCGCAUGUCGCUCGAACGGCAGCUGGAUUUCAAGCACUGCUUGGUGAUGUACAUCUUCCCGAACUUUAUAUUCCUGUCGUUCCUCUUCAAUCUGGUGAUGGUGCAUUACGAACGCUACCUGUGCAUUGUCAGCCCGCUCCACCACAGCCAGUUCUGGGUUCACCGCUGCUUUCCAUUGGCCUUGUUGACCGUUUGGCUCCCACCGUUGCUGUAUGCAUCACUUCCCGCCUUUGGAUGGAAUAAUUGGGUUGAACCCAACACCAACAAGAGCUUUGACUCAAAUGAGACGCUCUUGAGAUCAUCCACAUCUCGUAACUCCUCCAAAGAGGAUGAGGUUUGCACCUACAAGCAGGUUUUUCCCAAGGCCUUCAUUUAUUUGGAAGUGUGUGGAUUGGUGCUGCCAGCCAUGCUGUCCAUCGUAGCCAUGACAGGGCGGGUGUUGUGGAUCGCUCACAAGCAGCUCCAGAACAUCUGUAAGCUCCACCGCGCCGUAGACCGGCUCCAGCAGCAGCAGCCAUCGGACCACGAGCAGCAGCUUAACCUGCGUUACGCCAAAUGCGUGGCCGCCGUGUCCCUCACGUUCCUGGUUUGCUGGGUGCCGUACAUCAUCUUCCAGCUCAUGUCCGUGACGGCUCUUCAGGGUGGGGAGAGAUCGCAGAGCUCUUCUUUGUACAUCAUCAUGUCCUGUACGGGAAUCGGUAGCAUGGCCGUCAUUCCGCUCAUACUGGGACUGGCUAACAAGCAGUACACUGAGCCCAUCAGCAGGGUGAUGCUUAAACUGAGAAACCGCUGGAGGGGAGGACAAAAUAACAGAGAUAUUGCACUUUGAUGAGCGGACAGUGAGUGGACAGGAUGUUUCAGUUGAAUGUCUAAAUUAAAGUUGUGCAUUGAAUGCUUUAUAAAAAUACACUACUGUUUAAAUGUUUGGGGUUGGUUAGAUAUUUUCAGGAAAAAAAAUGUUUUAUCAAGGCUGCAUUUAGUUAAUCAAAAAUGCAUGAAAAAUUGUGAAAUAUUAUUACAAUUUCAAAUAAGUGUUUUCUAUUUAAAUAUAUUUAAACUGUAAUUUAUUCCUGUGUUUCAAAGCUGAAUUUUCAGCAUCACUACUCCAGUCUUUAAUGUCAAACG